UUCUCACUUUCCCUUCUUUUUUCAAGAACCCCCAUCAUGAUGUUGGGGCCGCUCAAGGCUGCGCCCCGGCAGCCUAUCAACACAUUACCCAAAGAGGAUAAAGUGGCUCUCGCGUCCGCCCGCGCGUUCCCAGCAGCUUCGUUUUCCUUCCAUCGCCCUUGAUACUCGCCACCACUCCCGAUCAUGCUUCAGUCUGGUCCUUCUGUGUCUUGAUCCGUGAAGCCCAGUUGAUCAGUCACGAUCCGAUCGUCCCCGUGAGUCUCUGCCACCAUGCAUCACUCUCAGCUGGCCCCGCUGCCGAAUGACUUGCCGUUUCGAAUCGUUUCCAAAACAAUCGGCCAGGGCGCCUAUGCUUGUAUCAAGAAAGCAGUUCCAUCCUACACAGACAAUCCCGUCUUCGCAGUCAAGUUCAUCCAUAAAGAAUACGCCGCGCGUCAUGGCAAGGUCAGCCCGCGACAGCUCCAGAUGGAGGCAACGGUUCACAAACAUAUCGGGGAUCAUAACAACAUAAUAUCCUUUUUCCAAACUGGCGAGGAUGAUGUCUGGCGUUGGAUCGCAAUGGAGCUGGCUGAGGGCGGCGAUUUAUUCGACAAGAUCGAGGCCGAUGAGGGCGUCGGCGAGGACAUCGCGCACGUGUACUUCUCGCAGCUCAUCAGUGCCGUGGGCUACAUGCAUUCCAAGGGGGUGGGGCAUCGGGACAUCAAGCCGGAGAACAUGUUGUUGACGGCCGACGGGAAUCUGAAGAUUGCAGAUUUCGGGCUCGCAACCUUGUUUGAGUACAAGGGCGUGACCAAGUUAUCUACGACUUUUUGUGGGAGUCCGCCCUAUAUUGCACCCGAGGUGAUCCACUGCAGUAGCAAGAAUACGAUAAAAGGCACAGGCUACCGACCAGACCUGGUGGACAUCUGGUCCUGUGGGAUUGUCCUCUUUGUCCUCUUGGCGGGCAACACGCCGUGGGAUAGCCCGACAGAGACCAGUUACGAAUUCCAGGAAUACCUUGCGACCAAUGGACGUACAUCCGAUGAGCUUUGGCAGCAGUUGCCCCCAGCGACUCUCUCGCUACUGCGUGGCAUGCUGAAUAUUGACCCGACCAACCGGUUCUCCUUGGAGGAUGUGCGGAGACAUCCCUGGUAUACUCGACCAAACAGAUAUCUGUCUCGAAAUGGCACACUACGGGACCCGAUCAACUUGGCUACAACCAUGUUCGAGUCGCUACAUAUCGAUUUCUCCCAAGAUCCUUUCGCUCAACCCCACGGGGGUAGUUUUGGUGGGGGCCGGAUGGACAUUGACGUGGGCGACAACAUUGACGCGGAGCAAAGAAUAUCUUCCACACAACCGGAGAUGCCGCGGCCUGACAUGCUGGUCGAUUGGGAUACGCCCCGAUUGGUAGAUGUCUUUUCGUCAACACAACCGCUGGGCCGGCCAUUCUCCGACACGUCAGCGCUCGACCAGCUGGAGGACGAGCCGUCCAUGUCACAAUUUUCGCCUCAUCCGUCCGUGCCGCUCAGUCGGACCCAGAGGGCUCAGCGGUUCCAUGAUAUUGUGCCUUCCCGCCCUAUGACCCGAUUCUUCUCCACGUGGGAGCUCAAGAUUUUGGUCCCCCUCCUCUGCGAGGCGCUGCAUCGUCUGGGUGUCCCCGUUCCUGCGGUUCCCGCCGUUUCCGCAGGAGACACUGCCGCGACGCUUCGGAUCGUUACCCGGGAUGGAAGGAUGUGCGCUCUACAGGGCAAAGUUCUGAUCGAGUGCGUGUCCGAGGGUCUUUUUGAGAUAGAAUUCAUGAAAGUGAAGGGCGAUCCGCUGGAAUGGCGGCGAUUCUUCAAGAAGGUGGCCGUUCUCUGUAAGGAUGCCGUCUACAAGCCCGACAGCUAGGACAGGGUUAGAGACGAGCUUGACCUCUUGGCCAGGCAUCCGUGAUUUGCAGUUUGCUUCAUGUCACGUCUGACGGUUCAUGUACGAGUAAUGUUAUUUAAUGAUUGGGUCUGGAAUGGGCAGGAAAGGGCAACGGGUUAGUUGGGUAUUAUGCUCUGACCAAUUGCUGGGGUUAAUUCUGGCUAAAAUUAAUACCAUGAGAAUGGAAG